GUUGGUUCGCUGCAAACAGCUUGUUUCUCCCUCCGGUCCGCAUUGUUACGUUUCUGCUCCGAAUGAACUGAGAUGCCACCAGUGAUUCACUCAGUCAGAGACAGCUCCGCCGUCGGUCGGUUCCCAACUGUCACUUUGCCGUUUGUGGAAGACGUGGAGGUGGAAAAAGAGGAACCGGCAGAGAAUGACGUUAACGAGGAGAGCGCCUGUCUGCGGUGGCUGCGUAAGGCGUGUCCGUGCUGUUAUAAACGGGCAGAUGACGACGACGCCACGGAGACCGUGGUCACCGGGGUGGAUGAUCCAGAUAAAGAGAACGAGGGAAAUGGAGAGAAGCCAACCACUGAGGAAGGCAAUCUAAAUGAACUCCUUCUGACCGUCCGAUCGAUAGAUCUGAUGAAAAGCAAGACGGGAGCCAACCUGCUGGAGCAUCACACCAACCUCUACCAGAGCGACAAGUUCGUCAUCCGCAGAGGGCAGACCUUCCAGAUGUGGAUAACCUUAUCUCGACCUUUUGACCCCAACACAGACAAGCUUCAUCUGGAGCUGAAAACAGGUCCCCUCCCUGCGGUGUCGAACGGAACCCACAUCAUCGUCCCUCUGGUGGAGGACCUGGAGGACGGUCGCUGGGAGGCCGCGGUCGUCCAGCGGGACGACAGGAGGUUAAAGCUGUCUGUGAAUUCGCCGCCCACAGCCGUCGUGGGCAGGUACCAGCUCACCGUGGAAACAAGCUGCGCCAACGGCCCAGCCACCUCCAGACACGACCCCGCCAAUGACAUCUACAUGUUGUUCAACCCCUGGUGUGAAGAUGACUCCGUCUUCCUGGACUCUGAGGAGGAGAGGCAGGAGUACGUCCUCAACGACGUUGGACGGAUCUACUACGGCACAGAUCUUCAGAUCGGAGAGAGGACUUGGGACUACGGCCAGUUUAACAACGGGAUCCUCGCCGCGUGCCUCUUCGUGUUGGAGCGGAGUCGAACCCCAAACUCCGGUUGGGGCGACCCAGUUAAUGUGACGCGGAUCAUCUCAGCCAUGGUAAACUCUCCCGAUGACCUCGGUGUUUUGGAAGGAAACUGGUCAGGAGACUAUUCACAGGGAACGUCUCCCACCGUGUGGAGUGGAAGUGUGGAGAUCCUGAAGCAGUACUAUGAAAGCAGGGGAACGCCCGUUAAGUACGGCCAGUGCUGGGUCUUUGCUGGUGUCUUCACUACAGUGUUACGUUGUCUAGGCAUUCCUGCUCGAACGGUGACCAACUUUAGCUCGGCGCACGAUACCGACAUCUCCUUGACAACUGACAUCUACCUGGACGAGGAAAUGGAGCCGAUAGAACACCUUAAUGCAGACUCUAUCUGGAACUUCCACGUUUGGACCGAUUGCUGGAUGUCUCGUCCAGACUUGCCUCCUGGCAACGGAGGCUGGCAAACCGUCGAUGCCACGCCGCAGGAAACCAGCCAGGGCAUAUUUCGCUGCGGCCCGGCUUCCCUCAGCGCGAUCCGCAAUGGUCAGGUCUACCUCAAGCACGACUGCGCCUUUGUGUUCGCUGAGGUGAAUAGUGAUAAAAUAUACUGGCAGAAGAACAAAGACGGCACCUUCAGUCAGAUCUACAGCGAGAAGAACACUGUGGGUCGCUUCAUCAGCACCAAGGCCGUGGGCUCAGACGAACGCCAGGACAUCACACACCUUUACAAACACCCAGAAGGCUCAGAGGAGGAACGUAUUGCCGUGGAAACCGCCUGCAGCUACGGCUCCAAAGCAGCCGCCUACUCGUCUCCAACAGCGGAAGACAUCUCUUUAGAAGUGAUCAUGGAGGGUGACGGUCCCAGAAUGGGGGAGAAUGCAGAGCUGACCAUCAGGCUGAGGAACGUCAGCUCGGAGCUGCGCACCGUUACGUUGCACAGCCAGCUGGCCGUCAUGUACUACACCGGAGUCCACAAGGACACGGUGAAGAAGGACACAGUAGACGAGGAGAUUCUGCCCAAUGAGGUGAACGAAUUGGCUUGGGAAUUGAAUUAUGACACGUACAAGAACCAGCUGGUAGAUCAGGCUGCCCUGAUGCUAACGCUUUCCGCCAGGGUUAGAGAAACACAACAAGUCCUGGCGACCCAGUUCAGCUUCCGACUCAGGACCCCAGACCUCGUUAUAAAGCCGGUUGGGAAGGCGGUGGUGGGGCAGAAGAUGAAAGUGGAGAUUUCUUUCACAAACCCUCUACCCGUGGUGCUGAAAGCAGUGAUUUUUCACCUGGAAGGAAUAGGCCUCCUACCUGGGAAAAAGAUUCCCUAUGCAGAUAUCGGCGGACAUGCCUCCGUCUCCUUCACGGAGCACUUCGUCCCCACCCUUCCCGGACCGAGGAAAUUACUGGCUUCUCUGGACUGCCAGCAGCUCACACAGGUCCACGGCGUGAGCGACAUCAACGUGGAGGACAAAAGCAGCGCGACUUCGUAGGGACCUGCCAAGUUCUGACAGUCAAUUACCCGGCGUACUGUGGGCUGAUUCCUAUCGCCAACCCGUGAACUCCUCUCCGUUUUAUUUAUAUGUGAAGCCAGUAUUCAGAUCUCGCAAUGUAUUCCACCCGCAGCGCCGAUUAAAUUUGCCCAAGAAUUGCAAAUUUAAGGAUUUCUGGCGGAAAUCUGAUACGUGUCCACAAAGAGCGGACGCUUUUAAUAUCGGACGAAGCCCGGUGUGAAGCUUGCGUCACUCCUUAUAUGGGUGACGCAACCGUGCGCAGAACCAUAAUAAAUGCAGCUGACGUGACCAGCGGAGGUUGGACCGGUGGAGUAACUCUAAUGAAGGAAAUGUGCUUUAGCUAAAACAAGAUCUGUAUUUAUGUCUUGUUUUAUGAUUCAUCUAUGCAAUCUAUUUAUUUAGUUAAUUUACCAUUCCUGAAAAACAACAUCUACAGUACUCACCGUUUCAAAUUUGUUUGUGUUAAUAAAAGAGCAAUAGAUUACAGACUUACGUUUGGAGAUUUAACUAUAGAUUUCCGCGUCAUUGAGGGCAACUAUGAGCAAAAAAACGUUCUGCAUCUUCAUCCACAAAGGGACAGGGUCACAAGAUGUCCUACAUGCAAAGACUUGUUUAUCUCAAAGACUAGGAUGCCCCUCCCUCCACCCAUGUAUUUGUCAGUGUUACCCCCUUUUACUGAAAUAACUUCAGUGAGAAGCUACUUGUAGCCAUCUGUCAGAGCCUGACAGCAGUCUGAAGAAAGCUUGCCCCACUCUGAGGGGAUUUACAGCCUGUUUCAAGUCUCCCCUUAGCAUCUCAGCGGCAUCAGGACCUGAAUCUCGUUUCUUUAACUACAUUUGCUUAGACAACCAGACUGAGGCAGUUGCUCUGAACGUUUUCCACCUGCAGAGCAUCUUCCGCACAUUUGAUACACACAUUUGGCGUCGACUCCCUUCAACAGUCAGAAGCACCAAAUUAAAUGUCUGCGGUUGAAACGUAGCAAACAUCCUUCACAAUGUUGAGUGAGUAGUUGUUACCUGAUGUAACGUUUGGUUGUAUUCGUUUUAAGUGACAUGAAAAGGGGGUGCGGCUUAAUUUAUUCCUCAGCUGAAGCUGAUUUCCUUAAUUGCAUCUUAAGGAAAACUUUAAAAGGUGUUUUCAUCAGUUUGUUUCCAAGUUCAGAGACCGACUGUGGCAACACGAUCGUCUAAUGUUGAACGACAAGGUAAUAAUAGAGGAGCAGCAGAGAGCAGGUUGUGGUGGGCAGAAGAAAA